AUGGAGAUGAAGAGGAAGAACCGAAUUUUGCUAUUACUUGUCAUCAUCAAUUUAACCAGCUGUCUUGGCAAGUUGAGUGCCAAACCAGUACUUACUAACAAGACAGAAAAUGAAAUGGUUAAUGAGGUUCAUGUUGGAGUCAUCCUCGACAUGGGGUCGUUGGAGGGAAAAAUUCUUCAAAGUUGCAUUUCCAUGGCAAUUUCUGAUUUUUACGGCGUGCACGGUCACUAUAAAACGAGGCUAGUUCUCCACACAAGGGACUCCAAAGGAGAAACUCUCAACGCUCUUUCAGCUGCUGUUAAUCUUUUGGAGCACAACAAAGUAGGAGUGAUCCUUGGUGCGCAAACAUCAACAGAAGCGAAGGUUUUGGCUGAGUUGGGAAAAAAGAAUAAGGUCCCAGUGGUUUCUUUUCAUCCACCAAGUUCUCCAUCCUUAAUCAACUAUCCUUACUUUGUUGAAAUCGCACAAGACGAAAGGUCACAAGUUAAAAGCAUUGCUUCCGUCGUUGAAGCCUUCAAGUGGAGGAAUGUCAUCCUUGUCUACGAGGACAACUACGAUUGGAAAGAUCUCACUCCCUAUAUUGUUGACUACUUGCAAGACAAGGAAGUGCACAUUGUGCGCAAGACAGCCAUUGCCAUGGCUUAUGAAAAUGAUCAAAUCAUUGAAAAGCUUCAUGAGCUCAUGGCAUUGCGAACUUCAGUCUUUGUUGUGCAUAUGUCUUAUUCUCUUGUUACUCGUCUGUUCUUGAAUGCAAAAAAGGUUGGAAUGAUAAGUGAAGGAUAUGCUUGGAUUUUGACGGCAAAGAGCAUGAAUCUUUUACACUUCAAAGAUUUGUCAGUCUUGGAGUCGAUGCAAGGAGUGGUUGGUUUCAAGUACUAUGUUCCAGAGUCAGGGGAGCUGCAGAAUUUUACCUCGAGAUGGAGAAGAACAUUCUUUGCUGAGGAACCUGAAAUGGAAGCGAUUGAGUCAAGUGUAUUGGCUAUGAGGGCAUAUGAUGUUGCCUGGUGUCUAGCAAAAGCAGCAGAGAGGGUACGGAAAAAAAUCCCUCUGAACAGAAGUCCUACUCGAUUGAACUUGAAGGAUUUACAUAGCAUGAGAACAUCUGUUCAAGGUUCAACAUUUCUCAAGGAGAUCCUGCAUAGUAAGUUCAAGGGUUUAAGCGGUGAAUUUCAAUUCAGUAAAGGGAAACUAGUCUCGAAUACACUUGAGAUAGUUAAUGUGAUAGGAACAGUGAGGAGAAGAGUCGGAUAUUGGAUUUCUGAUGGUAAAAUAACAAAACAAUUGCACUCCAGCACCGAUCGCAGAUACUUAUUGCCAUCCUCCGGUGAUCAUCAGUUUGAAGCCAUUACAUGGCCUGGUGGAUCUGCAUCAAUUCCUAGAGGUUGGACAGGGAGUUGGAAAAAACUAAAAGUCGGUGUUCUACAAAAUGCUGGAUUUCCAGAAUUUGUGAAGGUACAUCAUGAUCCUCAAACCAACAUGACAACUGCGACUGGCUUCUGCAUAGAUGUCUUCAAGGCUGCCCUCGAGGCUUUAGAAUAUGAAGUAGAGUAUGAGUUUAUACCAUUUAAGAAGGACAGCGAAGAACUGGCCGGAGCUUACGAUGAUCUUAUUUACCAGGUCUAUCUUCAGAAAUAUGAUGCUGCUGUCGGGGAUAUAACCAUUACGCCGAACAGAUCUCUAUAUGUUGAUUUUACAUUACCAUACACCGAUUUAGGCGUGGGAAUGAUAGCCCCAAAAGACGUCAAAAACAUAUGGAUAUUUUUGAGGCCACUGACAGCAGAUCUUUGGCUAUCAAUUGCUGGCCUUUUUAUCUUCAUCGGCUUUGUUGUUUGGCUGAUUGAACGCCCUAUUAAUAAAGAAUUCCAAGGCCCGAUGUCACAUCAAAUUGGAAUGAUAUUUUGGUUCUCUUUCUCAACUCUCGUCUUCGCACAUAGGGAAAAGCUACUAAGCAACCUGUCAAGAUUCGUAGUCUCUGUUUGGGUGUUCGUAGUGCUCAUAUUGACUUCCAGCUACACUGCAACUUUGACAUCAAUGAUGACAGUUAAACAGAUUCGACUAAACUCAGAAAAGAAUUACAUAGGAUACCAGAACAAUUCACUCAUGCCUGGAGUUAUCAGCAAUCUGAAUUUUGAUAGUUAUAGCCUUCACUCACUUAAUUCACCUGAAGCAUACGCUGAUGCUUUAUCAAAAGGAAGCAAGAGUGGUGGGGUCUCUGCUGUCAUUGAUGAGAUACCGUACAUAAAGAUUUUCCUUGCCAAAUUUUCCCAGGAUUUUUCACUGAUUGGAUCCAGGACUACCACCCGUGGUUUUGGCUUUGCUUUCCCUCAAGGCUCGCAACUGGCUCGUGACAUAUCGACGGAAAUUGCGAGAAUGAGACAUGAAGGGAAGCUUAUUAUGCUGGAAGAUGCAUGGUUCACAAGUCAAGCAACUUUUACAUGGGAAGACAGUUCAGACAGUGGGAGCCCUCUUACCACUGAUAGCUUUCGUGGUUUAUUCCUCGUCAGCGGAACGUGCUCCUGUUUAGCGUUAUUCAUGUUUCUUGUGUUCGGUCUUUACAAGAAAUAUAGGGUAAAAUAG